AUGAUCAUGUUGAGCAUGGCUACGACACAAAAAUGGCAAUCGAGUCUUGAAGCCGGCGACUUCAUGAACCGUCUCGUAGACUGGGAAGCGAUCAAAGCCGACGUGGACAUUGUCCACAACGCAGCCAAGCAAGACCAACCCCUGCACUUUGACAGUGAAGACGAGCGUAUCAAAUUCCAGCAAGAGUUUUGCCGCAUUCUGUGA